GAGCCGGCUGGAAAGAGGGGAGGGAGCUAAGGGCGCUGCUGCCUCCUCCCCUUUCGCGCUCAUCUCUUGCGUCGCGAGGCGAGCUUCGCCCGGGGCUCGCGCUGGAGGUCCGGUGUCGCGCGCUCCAGAGCCCCGAGGUCGGCCAGCCGCCAGCAUGUCUUCCAACUGCAGCCUCAGCACCAUGCAGCGCCUGGUGGAGCAGCUGAAGCUGGAGGCGGGCAUGGAAAGGAUCCGGGUUUCUCAGGCAGCUGCAGAGCUUCAGCAAUACUGUAUGCAGAAUGCUUGCAAAGAUGCCUUGCUCAUUGGCAUUCCUGCUGGAAGCAACCCAUUUCGGGAGCCCAGGUCCUGUGCAUUGCUCUGAAGACAGGGAAGGUUAUCGAACAGUUCUGUUCAGACAUGAGAGGAAAUCCUGGCAGCCUUCCUUUAUUCAACAAACACUUCUAUGCCCUUACUUUUGUGUGGCCAAAACAGUAUCUUUAGAUAUUUAUUAGUCUGCUUGACUGUCUUCAUAACUGACUUUUACUAAUACCUUUACAAGGCAAUUCAUAAGAGGCUUUCCUUUCAUAAUCAAAUUGGUCUCCUUUCUACACUUACUCCCCUGAUACGUUUACAUUUUAGAAACGAAAACUACCAAACAUCUUCUUCCUUUGUUAAUUGUCCCUUAAUGAGAUAUUCACUAGGUAACUUCUUAGUAACCUUCUUGUGUUUUCUGAUGAAAAAUACUCACUAGGCAUGAUGCAGCCAAAGGAAAGUCCUUUUAAUGCCACAGGCCUAGGCACAUUUGCCCCAGUUGGGCUUCCUUUUGGGUAAAUAUGCAUCGGAUCAGGCUCCACAUCCCAUUAAUUUCAAUGGGAGACUUUCCAGCAUGUUCUUAACUUUUUGAAAGUGGAGACUUAAAAGCGUUCCAGUUUUUAGUAAGAGUGCCCCUCUAUUCCAUAAGGAAAGACAAGUUUUCAUUGUAAAACAUUGUUCUUUUGCAAUUCCUGAGAUCAGUGGGUGAUAAUUUACAGAAACAGCUGAUGCAAUCUGUAACACAGAUGGAGUUCUUACCACAUGUUCACCACAGAAGGUCUAGUCUGUCUUUAUGUUUGAUUGUGGUUCUACAGAAAACCAUUUCUUUAAAAUGUCUAAGCUGUAAUUCAGCAGCUAAUUACAGACAAGAAAACUACACUACACAAUAUAAAUGCUGGCAAUUCUGUAGGCCACUUUUUCAAGGCUUGCAGCAAUAUUGGAACCUGUUCAAAUGUCAUUUGGAGUGGGGUGCCUUUGAUUUUUGUUUAUUGAGUACUUUUACACACACAGUUUACUUUUUUAAAAGAAUGUUCUGUUUACACACCAUUGUUUGUAUUAAUAUAUUGGAAGCUUUAGUAAAUUUUUCUUUCCCUAA